CCCUCUGCGGCUGCCGUAGAUGCUAAGUUCCUCCACACCUACUUUCUCUGCUGCUGUUUGGAAGAUCCCUUUCGGAGGAUGACGGCUGCAGUGAAAGCGCUGACACUCACCCGGGCUCUCACUUUUUGGCCAGCUAGAGCACUUAUAGAUGUGAGACAGCUGGACAGGUAUGGAAGAGGCAGAGACAUCCUUAGAAACUUCUCUGUAAGCUGCCAGCUGUGUGGGAAACCGCGCGGAAGUCCAAAGAAGAAAGAGCUCUCAGAGAAGAAGCUGACGCGCUACUUCGUCGACCAUCGCAGGGUGAAGUUAGAGGCGGGUUCAGGCGGUGAUGGAGCGUGCAGCUUCCACAGUGAGCCGCGGAAAGAGUGGGGUGGUCCGGAUGGGGGGAACGGCGGAAAUGGAGGUGACAUCAUCAUUAAAGUGGACCGGCAGGUGAAAUCACUCUCGCACAUCUCAGCCUCGUAUCGUGGACAGAAUGGCGAGUCGGGGAGGAGUAAGAACUGCUACGGACGCAACGCCAGCACCACAUACGUAUCAGUGCCUGUGGGCACUGUGGUGAAGGAGCAGGGCCGGACGCUGGCUGACCUGGCGCUGCAUGGUCAGGAGUACGUGGCUGUGCACGGUGGCGGAGGAGGAAAAGGAAACCGAUUUUUUCUGUCCAAUGAAAACAGAGCCCCAAUGACGGCCACUCCAGGAGAGAAAGGAGAGGAGAGAGUUCUGCAGCUGGAGCUGAGGACCAUGGCACACGCUGGACUGGUUGGUUUUCCCAAUGCAGGGAAGUCGUCGUUGCUAAGGGCGAUCUCUAACGCCAAGCCUGCUGUGGCAGCGUAUCCUUUCACCACCUUGAACCCGCACAUUGGCAUCAUCAAGUACAGAGACCAUGAGCAGCUGGCAGUGGCCGAUAUUCCUGGGUUGAUCCGGGGUGCUCACCUGAACCGCGGCCUCGGCAUCUCUUUCCUCCGCCACAUCGAACGCUGUCGUUUUCUGCUGUUCGUGUUGGACAUGUCCUCUCCGUCGCCGUGGGAACAGCUCCAGCACUUGCAGUACGAGCUGGACCAGUACGAACCAGGACUGUCCCAGAGACCCAGAGUUAUUGUGGCCAAUAAGAUGGACUUGGCUGGAACCCAAGAGAACCUGGAGGCCCUCAGAGGUCAUGUGAGUCAGCGGGUCAUUCCUGUAUCUGCCCUUACGGGCGACAACACGGAGGAACUGAUACUGCACCUUCGAGAGCUGUACGACGGCUACCUGGAGAGCAACGCCGAGUCUGGAGAGAAGCCUUUGAGGUGGUAGCUGCUUAAGGACAUUUGGAGAAUUGAAUGAUACUAUUAUAACAACACUUGCCUCAAAACAUGUUAAGUGAAACGUGUCGAGUUGUUAAGAAGUCUCAAAUAGACUUGAUCUAAAAGGAGUCUUCAGUCUCUCAAGUGUCAGUCAAUCAGAGAAGCCCCUCGCUUGUCCAAAAACGUCCUACUUGGAAUAAAACAAACACCCUGUGAUCACGUUCUGCUGGUUUAUGGACAGAGGAACUGUUUCUCUAAUGGACUAAUGGCCUCCAAAAUUUUGGAGGUGGAAAUCUAUUGAGCAUGACUGUAAAUUGUUGACUUGAUAUUUCUGCAACUAUUAAUUGUUGUUAUUUAUUCAGUAUAUUUAUUAAAUUUAUUUCUGUAUAAAAAUAGAGCCAAAUGACUUGUCUUUUUUAUUAGAAUAUGCAGUGACAAAUUGAUAUUUAUGUGCAUUCUCUGCAAUAUUUUUGCAAAUAUCAGUAACACAGUGGCUUGUCAAUAUCAGCCGAUAUUAUCAUUCAAACUGAAGUGUUCUUGCUCUGCUGGGGAAUAAUGUGUGAAUAUACAGUUGUAUGCAAAGGUUUAGGCGCCCCUGGUCAAGUGACAAGUAAACACUUUCUUUACAGAGAACACACUUACGCACAUUUUAAUGCAGUGUUUAUUUGCUUAAUUUGACAUAGUUUAUCAUUAAAAUGGUGAAAUAUUUGCAAAAUAUUGAAUUUUGGAAAUCCAUGAUUGCCUCACA